AUGGGCGGUAUAAGUUUCCACCGUUUUCCUCGGGACCCCUUGAGGUACAAGGCGUGGCUGGAGUUUUGCAACCUGGAGGCGGAUACGAGUCUAAUUUCCAUUCGCUCUAAGGUCCUGUGCUCCCAGCACUUCGCACCAGUUGCUUAUUUGCGCACAGGAAGGCUUCGGUGGGAUGCAGUUCCUACAUUGAAGCGCACACUGCAUGGCGUUGGAGGAAGUAGUGCCUACGCCAAUCAGAGCAGACUUGAAAGCAGUGGGCCUUCAACGGAGGAACGUGUGCAAGCUGUGGUAGCCUGCGAUGACGACAGCACAGGAGCAAUACACCUUCACCAGAUGAGUCAUCCUUGCCAUGCUGAAGAGUGUGGUACUGAAGAAAGUCAGCAACAGCGUGAUCUGUCUCAUCAGGACCAUAGCUACGCACAACACGCACCAGCCUUGUCAACACAGAGCACUGUUGUCUCCCCACUAGCUGCAGUUGUCACUCCUCUGCCAGGAACGUCGUCUGGUGUACUGCGUGCAGUCUCGUCACCUCAGCACUUAGGAGGUGGAAGUGGCUGGCAUCCCCCCAAAGAUUGCCCAUCGUCCAGUAGUCUAGCAGCUCCAGCACAGCCAACAAAAGGCAAGCUGGAUAACCUCCGCAAGAAAGUGCACCAGUUGCAAGCCCUGUGUUCAGCACCUGUGUUCAUAGAUACCUAGCAUACAUUUUCUAUUUUGAAUCUUCA